UUACGGAAUCCCUGUGAAAACGGAUGGUGUGAGGAGACUAUAGAAGGCUAUGAAUGUCACUGCUCAGCUGGAUAUCAAGGCAAAGCUUGCAAUGAACGCGACGUCACCCCUCCUAAUGUUACCUGUGUUGAAGAUAUCACCGUCACUGUCGAACUUGGUAGGCCUUCUCCGAACACAUCCGUCGAGUUCAUACAGCCAUCGGCUACUGAUAUGUCAGGCAAGGCUUUAUUGGUCUCCACAAACUAUGCCUCAGGUGACGAAUUCCCAAUCGGGUCAACCGUCGUUAAGUACGUCUUUGCUGACGAGAGCGGAAAUGAGGCAACUUGCAAUUUCACCGUAAUCGUCAAUUCAAUUGAUACGACCGCUCCUGAUGUAGCCUGUAUUGAGAAUAUCACCGUCAACACUGGUAGGUACACUGGUAGGAAUACAUCCAUCGAGUUCUUGCAACCAUCGGCUACUGAUAUUUCAGGAACGGCUCUCUUGGUGUCCAACAAUUAUGGCUCUGGUGACGAAUUCCCAGUCGGGUCAACCGUCGUUGAGUACGUCUUUGCCGAUGAGAGCGGAAAUCAAGCAACGUGUAACUUCACAAUCACCAUCAACACCUAUUCCUUUCGGGACCCUGUAGGCCUAGAGAAUGGGACCAUUCCGGAUUCAAGCCUCACAGCUUCUAGUGCGUGGACUAAGUCAAAGAAUUGUUUGCCUGAGAGGGCGCGCUUGCACCUUGUCGAGGAACGAAUAGGAGAGGAUUGGUUCUGUGGAGCCUGGGCAACAGCAAAAAUCGAUUCAAAUCCAUGGAUACAGGUUGAUCUGUUAACCAAGUACCGUAUUGGUGGAGUUUCGACGCAAGGACGUCAACGUGGUUUCCAGUGGGUAACUGCCUACAAGAUCAACUGUAGCAUAGACGGUAUUACCUUUGAUACAGUACAGGACAUCCUAACAAACCCCGCAACUGAAAAGGUGUUCGUGGGUAAUAAUGACAGCAGCACCGUGAUGUACAACGCCUUACCACAGCCCAAGGUGUGUCGCUAUGUACGUCUCCUACCUGUGGGCUGGUUAGGGCACAUAUCCCUUCGUAUGGAGCUGUAUGGGGAACCUCCAGUCAUGGACCCUGCUUGGGUGUGCAUGUCCUCCAAGUGCUACCGGGUGGAUGAAAAACAGCGGAGCUGGCAAGAUGCACACAGCUUUUGUCGCAACCUUUCGACAAUCACUACAAUAACGGGAUUUAAGAAACCGUCUCUCCUGUUCGUUGAUACCGAUGAGUACGUCGACUUCUUGAGCAGGAUGGGAUUCAAUAUUCAUAUUGAUUUCUGGAUCAACUGCAACGACAUGCUAAACGAAGGGGAUUUCAUCUGUGAAGUUGAUGGAGCGGGUACCAGAGAAACUACAACAUAUUGGUAUCCUGGUGAGCCGAAUGGACGUCCAGACUAUGAUGAGGACUGCGUAAAGGUGAGCGGUUGGACUGCCGGUCAUUGGGUGGAUGUAAUGUGCACUCGCUCUUAUUUCACAGUAUGCCAAAUACUGUUGUGAGACAGCUGCAGGACGUGGGACAAGGAGCUUCUUCAAAUAUCAAAUAAUAAUAGUAAACAAUACGAAAAAUGUAUAUAGCGCUU